CACAGGUUUUCUUGCAUUGAUUUGAUUGGCUGAUAUGUGCUGUAGGCGAAAUUGAAUUGAACGUUUGCUUUGCUGCUGUUCUGGCUCUUUCUGUGACUAGUGUUUUAAUUCCUCACCAGCUCAGUCUGAAAUGGGGGAUCAUGUUGAGGUACAUAUCACACCAGAGACUCCGGGAAGACCCUCAAUUAGAAAUCCUUUUGAAAGCCCAAAUGACUACCACCAUCUUCGAGAGCCUCUUGUACCCAGUCCAUCUGUGUUUAAAUCUAAAACCUGUAAAGCAACUCCUCCAAAAUUUACCUGGUCUAUUGAAGAAAUGGCCAGUCUUUUUCCUGUUCAUAUAGACCAAGAGGAAAUUCAACGACAGUCUUUCUAUCUCAGCCAAACAAGAACAGAUUCAGACAUGGAACAAAAGUGUCAAAAUGCCAUUGACCAUUUUUUCACCAAAGGAUCCAUUGUCCCCUCACCCUGGGCUGCAUCAGAAUCCCGUAAAGUUGGUCCUGUCUGUAAGAAAAGUACUGUGUCUCCAUUGAUAGCUGAAAACCUGGGGAAGAUAUCUGUUGGUUGUCAGACAAUGCUCUCGUUGCCACUGGCCUUUGAUUUGGAAAAAGUACUUGGGGAAUACUACCGAUAUGAAGAGCCAAGUGAUGCUGUACAGGAGAGCCUUAGUUCCUCAUCUUUGAGGCGAAAACUUUUCCUUGAUGGCCAAGGGAGUGGGUCAGAUAGCUCCACGCCUCCAAGUCCUGUAAGAGGCCUUCCAGAGCAACCCAGACUACAAGCAGACGGCAUAGACGGAGCUACAGAGAACUUGCACAUCCCAGAAAGAGAAACUGCUUCCUCCAUUUUCUCUUCCCCUUUGUCUUGUGGCAUUCCUACGGCAACUCCCUCUACGGGUCAGUUUUCAUCUAGCCCAAUCCAGAAUGGCCGUUUCCGGGACUGCAGUCUUGGUAGCAUGAAUAGUCCUGUUUUACCUGACAGAUCGUCUCCAGCUCGCCUUGUGUCACCCAUCAUUUCCCCUAUCUUUGCACAAGCUUCUUGCACACCCAUAGCUACAAAAAACAAGCCACCAACAAGUUUGACCCCACUAAAUGCUCCUCUGGAUGGUGACAUUACUUCGUGCAUUGAGAGCCCAUUUGUUGAGGGAUGUUCCCCUAUUCGUAGCUGUUCCCCUAUUCGUAGCUGUUCCCCACAUCAGCUCAACUACCAUGAGCUCAAAAACUAUUCCAGAUCCAAACUAAGGAAUAGUGUUGGAUUUUGGGCCUCACCUCCUCCAAUAUCUCCUAUUCUCAAUCCAAGACUCCAGGACGGCCAAGAGCUUGAGGACCUCCAGCCACUACCCUCAAUGGAUUUGGAUCCAGUGUCUCCUCGGAUGCCUGGUUUUCAAGACACCAAAGCAAUUAAUGAGAUAAAUGUAAAGCCUAUGACAAUGGAAGAAGUUGGAGGAAAAGACAUUGAGGGGAGAUUAGAGGAUGAGGAACAUGAACCUGAAGGGCCAGGAGUGCGACUAACCAGCUCUCGAAUGGGAAAUGUGUCUGCAGGAGAGAGCUCUCAAAUGUUUAUGUCCCUUUUGGCAGAGGGAAGCAGCAUACGCUACGAGUCAAGCAUGCAGGUGGACAGCGGUUACAACACUACUUCAGCUGGCGCUGGCAGUCUAAUAGAUGGACUUGGUUCAGAGUGCAAUGGCAAAGAGUCUUUCACAUCAAAUAUGUCAGAAGAUACCUUUCAACUUACAAGACACACUAAACCAAAGAUGUUUUACCCUUAUCAUUGAGAUUUUUAAUGACAAUUGUCAGAGCAGACUUCAGUGGAAAAACAAGAUUUUUUUUUUUUUUUAAACAUCAGAAGUUUUUUUUUACUUAAACUUAACUGUUUACACAAUUAUUCUACUGUAAUGGGUUUAAAAAACUUGAAUAUGGUAUCUUGCUGUGGCAUUAAUUUUGAAUUGAUAAUCUAAAUUAGAAUGUAUUUAUAUUUUAUAUAUUUUAUCAUGAUUUUAUAAAAUGUCCUCAUACUGUUGAAUUGUUUAAGAAUUGCUAAAAUCCGAGUAUUGUUCUUAACCUUUUUGAAAGUUUAUUUAUUCCAGUAUAGCAAGUAAAUCAUGCCACUUGAAUCAAAUGCUGAAUGAGCCAUUUUAUAAAUUUGUACUUUACUGUGGGCUGAAUAAUUGUCAAAAUUAAAGAAACUUAAGUUUUA